AUGGUUGACGACGCGGCCCUCGCCGCUGCGGCUUCGAUUGUCGCCUCGAUUGCUCCAGAUCCCCGACUGCCUAAUUCGAUACCGGUUGGUGUAGCUUCUCAGGUGCAACUCCCGGGGCCAGAUACUCCCGCCAAGCGUAAGCUCGAACUUGAGCUUCAGAACCUUGCUCUGCGUGUUGGAAAGCUCGAGAGCCAGGCCUCAGCUACCUCUCCGUUCCCAGAAACGCCCAACGAGGUUAUUGACACUCUUUUCGGCGAAGAGGCUCAGGCUGUGGCGGUCCGUCCCAAGCCUAAAGUCUUUCACGCCCAAGGUAGCCUGCACUCUCCGCAUCUGCCAUCUUAUCAGCUGACCGAAGAAGCCCUUGAAGGACUUCGAGAACAUGUGGAUGACCAAUCCAAGUUACUCGAUAGUCAGCGCCAGGAGCUCGCUGGUGUAAAUGCUCAGCUCUUGGAGCAGAAGCAGCUACAAGAGCGAGCCCUCGAGAUCCUCGAGCAGGAACGUAUUGCUACUCUAGAGCGCGAGCUUUGGAAGCAUCAGAAAGCCAACGAGGCCUUCCAAAAGGCUCUACGAGAAAUUGGAGAGAUUGUUACCGCCGUUGCUCGCGGUGAUUUGACCAUGAAGGUUCGCAUGAACACUGUUGAAAUGGACCCUGAAAUCACAACAUUCAAGCGCACUAUCAACGCUAUGAUGGACCAGCUGCAAAUAUUUGCUAGCGAAGUCUCGCGAGUCGCUCGUGAAGUCGGUACCGAAGGAUUGCUUGGUGGCCAAGCCCGUAUCGGCGGUGUCGAUGGAACAUGGAAGGAAUUGACUGACAACGUGAGGGAGAUAGCAUCGGUUACCACCGCCGUGGCCCACGGCGAUCUGACUAAAAAGAUCGAACGACCUGCCAGAGGCGAGAUAUUGCAGCUGCAACAAACGAUUAACACCAUGGUGGACCAAUUACGAACAUUUGCUUCUGAAGUCACACGUGUAGCGAGAGAUGUCGGGACAGAAGGCAUGUUAGGCGGACAAGCCGAUGUUGGGGGAGUGCAGGGCAUGUGGAACGAUCUCACCGUCAAUGUCAAUGCCAUGGCCAACAACUUGACGACUCAAGUGCGCGACAUUAUCAAGGUUACCACAGCUGUCGCCAAGGGAGAUCUUACACAAAAGGUCCAAGCUGAUUGCAGGGGAGAGAUAUUCGAGCUCAAGUCAACCAUCAACUCCAUGGUUGACCAGCUACAGCAGUUCGCCCGCGAGGUUACCAAGAUUGCCCGUGAAGUCGGAACCGAAGGACGCCUGGGAGGGCAGGCCACUGUGCAUGAUGUUGAAGGUACCUGGAGGGAUCUGACGGAGAACGUCAACGGCAUGGCCAUGAACUUGACCACUCAAGUGCGAGAAAUUGCCAAAGUUACAACAGCUGUCGCCAAAGGUGACUUGACGAAGAAGAUUGGGGUCGAGGUCAAGGGUGAAAUUGCAGAACUGAAGAACACCAUUAACCAGAUGGUGGAUCGUCUUGGUACGUUUGCCGUCGAGGUGAGCAAGGUAGCCAGGGAAGUAGGCACAGAUGGAACAUUGGGUGGACAGGCUCAGGUUGCCAAUGUUGAAGGUAAAUGGAAGGACCUCACAGAAAACGUCAACACAAUGGCGUCAAAUCUCACAGUUCAGGUCCGAAGUAUCUCAACCGUUACUCAAGCCAUUGCGAACGGCGACAUGAGCCAGAAGAUCAAGGUCGAAGCAAAUGGAGAGAUACAAGUGCUGAAAGAAACCAUCAAUAACAUGGUUGACCGUUUGUCUAGCUUCUGUUACGAAGUGCAGCGAGUUGCCAAGGAUGUGGGCGUUGAUGGAAAGAUGGGUGCCCAGGCCGACGUUGGUGGAUUAGACGGCCGCUGGAAAGAAAUCACGACGGAUGUCAAUACAAUGGCCAGUAACCUGACUACACAAGUGCGCGCCUUCUCUGAUAUAACCAACUUGGCCACCGACGGGGAUUUCACCAAGCUAGUCGACGUCGAAGCAUCGGGUGAGAUGGACGAGCUCAAGCGCAAGAUCAACCAGAUGAUUUCAAAUCUGCGCGAUUCUAUUCAGCGUAAUACUCAGGCCAGGGAAGCUGCCGAACUUGCCAACAAGACCAAGUCAGAGUUCCUCGCCAACAUGUCCCACGAAAUUCGAACGCCGAUGAACGGAAUCAUCGGAAUGACCCAACUGACAUUGGACACCGAUCUGACUCAAUAUCAGAGGGAGAUGCUUAACAUUGUCAAUAAUCUUGCCAAUAGCCUCUUGACGAUAAUUGACGAUAUCCUGGAUCUUUCCAAGAUUGAAGCUCGGAGAAUGGUCAUUGAGGAGAUUCCUUACACACUGCGUGGAACCGUCUUCAAUGCCCUCAAGACUCUCGCUGUCAAGGCAAAUGAGAAGUUCUUGGAUCUUACCUACAAGGUCGACAGCUCCGUGCCUGACUACGUUAUUGGCGACUCGUUCCGCCUCAGACAAAUUAUUCUCAACCUUGUUGGCAAUGCCAUCAAGUUCACGGAGCAUGGUGAGGUCAGCCUAACGAUCAAGGAGAGCAUGGGGCAAAACAAUGUCCGACCUGGAGAAUACGCGGUUGAGUUUGUCGUGGAGGACACGGGCAUAGGAAUCGCCCAGGAUAAACUGGAUUUGAUCUUCGACACGUUUCAACAAGCGGAUGGUUCCAUGACGCGCAAGUUUGGCGGAACAGGUCUAGGUCUAUCUAUUUCGAAACGACUCGUCAACCUCAUGGGUGGCGAUCUUUGGGUAAACAGUGAACAUGGCAAGGGCAGUGAAUUUCACUUCACAUGCUUAGUCAAGCUUGCUCCCGACGACGCUGCUCUGAUUGAGCAACAGAUCCGCCCCUACCGAGGUCAUCAAGUGCUAUUUGUUGACAAGGCUCAGUCGCAGAACGCCACCUCAAUCAAGCCUAUGUUAGAGAAGAUUGGAUUGAAGCCCGUCGUUGUGGACUCAGAGAAGAGUCCGGCACUGACUCGACUCCAAAGCGGUGGCUCCCUUCCUUAUGAUGCUAUUCUCGUCGAUUCUAUCGACACUGCGCGAAGGUUAAGAGCCGUGGACGAUUUCAAGUACCUUCCUAUCGUCUUGCUGGCACCAGUUGUUCAUGUUAGUCUGAAGUCGUGCUUGGAUCUGGGAAUCACGUCGUAUAUGACCACGCCGUGCAAGCUCAUUGAUCUAGGAAACGGCAUGAUACCAGCCCUCGAGAACCGGGCGACACCUUCACUCGCUGACAACACAAAAUCUUUCGAAAUUUUGCUCGCCGAAGACAACACCGUCAACCAACGAUUAGCAGUGAAAAUUCUUGAGAAGUAUCACCAUGUGGUAACAGUGGUUGGCAACGGCUGGGAAGCCGUCAAAGCCGUCCAAAGCAAGAAAUUCGAUGUCAUUCUUAUGGAUGUACAAAUGCCGAUCAUGGGAGGCUUUGAAGCCACGGGCAAAAUUCGAGAAUACGAACGUGGCAUAGGAAGCCACCGCACACCCAUCAUUGCCCUAACGGCCCACGCCAUGAUGGGCGACCGAGAGAAGUGUAUCCAAGCUCAGAUGGACGAGUAUUUGUCCAAACCCUUGCAGCAGAACCACCUCAUCCAAACGAUCCUCAAGUGCGCGACGCUCGGUGGCCCUCUGCUCGAAAAGAAUCGUGAAAGGGAACUGGCACUCCAUGCCGAGACAAAAUCGAAGCACAAGGAGGGGGGACAGGGCCUGCUACGACCCACGCUCGAGAGCCGCUCAUUCACGAGUCGAGAACCUCUGUUGGGAAAUGGCAAGGAGAGCCCUGCCAUUCUGACCACUGAUGAGGAUCCCCUGGCAAGAGCACGUCUUGACCUCUCUGAUAUGCGAAGUCUUACCAACUAA